AUGUUGGUCGAUCUCUAUGACAUAAUCUGUACUAUCGAUCGUACAGUUUAUAUAACCGGUUCCAUAUCGACAACUGUUGUCAUACUAAUUGCCUAUUUGUCAUAUAAGCUAUAUAUGCCAAGCGAUUUGCUUACUGAUAUGAGUUGCAAACAAUGGAAUCCACGACAAUUGGACAGGUAUUCAGAGGAUGAACUACCGCUAUCCCAACCAUUCGGUUGGUUUGCAGUAUUGGAUUCGGAAGUACUCAACAAAAAUGAGACCAAAUCUGUAUCGCUGUUUGAACACGAUUUAGUUGUAUAUAGAGGUGAGUCAGGUUUGGUACACGUAUUGGACACUUACUGUCCGCAUAACGGCGCAAAUCUUGGAGUCGGCGGCACUGUUGUCGGCGACUGUAUUCGCUGUCCAUUUCAUUGUUGGAAAUUUAAUUCAAAGGGAAAGUGUACGGAAAUACCCGGAUUAGACGCAAACUCAAUACCAAACAUAGAGACCCGUGUUUGGCAGUGUAUGGAAAUGGAUAAUCUGAUUAUGGUUUGGUAUCAUCCGAAUAACCAGAAGCCAGAUUGGCUACCGUUUCCCUGUGAGCUAAUGGUCAAGGACAAAUUUGAAUAUAGAGGAAAAUGCAAUCUAAUUGCCAACUGUUGUAUCCAAGAAUUUUCGGAAAAUGCUGCCGAUUUUGCCCAUUUCAACACGGUACAUUUGCCUACUGAAGUACUCGGUAUUGUCAAAUGGAAAGGUAUGGGCGCCAAACUGUGGGACUGGAUUACCAAACAUGUCUAUUAUAAAUGGACACCACUUAGCUAUGAUGUCUAUCCGUCACCCAAUGGACACAUGUCUAUCCAGAUUACUAGUGCUACCUAUCAUGCGUUUGGCCGGAUAUUUGCCGAAUUUACUAUCGAUAUGUUACAAAUAGGACCGGCUUUGGCUCACGUGACCACCAAAUACACACUGUUUGGUAUGGAUUUUAGUACAAUACUGGUGACCACUAUUACCCCAUUAGGACCCUAUCGUAACAGUUUCUGUCACAGACUUUAUAUGAAACCUGGAUUUUUGAGACGUGUUUUCGCAAAAAUAUUUAUCAAAACUGUUGUCAUUAUGUUGUCACGUGACGUAAUGAUAUGGAACGACAAAAAAUAUUUACGAAAAUCAUUGUUUAAAAAAAAUGAGAACAGCUUGGUCAAAUUUAGACGAUGGUAUAAACAA